CGAAACCAUGGAAUAAACCUACAGAAUAACAGAUUACAGACAUCAGUUUCAGUAGACAGUUGUGGUGACUGCUGGCGGUCCUCGUCCGAGAUAUUUUGUAGUGGUGAAUGGUGAUAACGGCACGGACGUCGGACGACUCGUGAGCGUGACUCGGGACGAGUGAAAAUCGGACAGAUUGACGUUGUAAAACGUUUCGCGUUUCAUUGUUUCGUACCAAAUUUCCUUCCGUUCACCCACGACUAUACGGCGGUCAGCAGCCACGAGUCACGACCUACCAAAAUCAGUAACGAAUCACAAUUCGCAGUGACGUGCUAUCCGAUCGUACGAUUUCAUUGCGAUUUUCCAACAGUGGUCUAACAACUCGGUGUUCGAACGUCGGGGACAGCUAAACCAGUGGCUGCCAUUUCGACUACCAUUGGAUACAGUUGAUAGUAUUAAAGUGUCGACCAUUUUUUCACGUCGUUUACCAUGGCUCGGGGACAACAAAAAGUGCAGUCGCAGGCGAAGGCCGCCGAAAAACAAGCCAAGAUGAAGAAGCAACAGGGUCAUAGUGCCAACGAACAGAAAAAGGCUGCGCAGAAAGCGUUGAUUCACGUUUGCUCUGUUUGUAAAGCUCAAAUGCCAGAUCCUAAAACGUAUAAACAACACUUUGAAAACAAACACCCUAAAAAUGAUAUGCCUGAAGAAUUGAAAGCUGUUUCAUGAAUGUAUAAUGAUCGAUUAAAUUGUAUUUAAUCACGUGUAAAAACAAAUGAAUACCUAAACUAUAAGUAAUAUUAAAGUUUUUUUAAAUGA